AUGUCGUCCUUGCGCAAUGCCGUCAAGCGCAAGACGCACAAAGAGCGGUCGCAGCCCGCGGCGCGCGCGCGGCUCGGCCUCCUCGAGAAGAAGAAAGAUUACGUCCUCCGCGCGCGCGACUUUCACAAGAAGGAGGACGCCAUCAAAGUCCUGAAGACGAAAGCCGCGUAUCGAAACCCGGACGAGUUCUACUUCGGCAUGGAGAAGCAGCGCACGAAAGACGGCGUGCAUCAGGCGCGCGGGGACGAGAGCAACAAGUACACCGCGGAGGAGCUCCGUCUGAUGAAGACGCAGGACGUCAAGUACGUCGGGCUGAAGGCGUCCAUGGAGGCGAAAAAAGCGGAGAAACUCAGGGCGACGUUGCACCUCGUCGGCGCGGACGGGCUCGCGGAGGAGGACGAGAGCGACGACGAGAUGACGCGCGGGGGCGGCGCCGGCGACGACGACGACGCCGCGUCGGCGGAGACGAAAGAGCUCGACCCGCGCUUGAAGAAACGGCUGGAGAAGAAACGCCGAGUCGCGUACCAGCUCCUGAAAGAGCGCGAGAGCCGAGCCGCGAAGCUGAAGAUGAUGACCUCGGAGAUGGCGUACCAGAAGGAGGUCCAGAGCGCGCGCGGGCACAAGCGGAAAAUCAAACGCGAAAAGGACGAGGAGGACGCCUUGCCGGGGCUCGCGCACUUGAAGAAGGCGCCCGCGCAGUUCAAGUGGAAGAGAAAGCGGUUGAAGUGA